AUGCAUUCACAAAACAAUGCGACAAAGCGAUUUCUAAGAACGCAGCCAAACAUCUCGGCUGCCACUCAUGCUCCAGAUGGGGAUUUGGAAGCAUUAAAUAGUGCACUCCCUGAAGGGCAACAAGAAUGCGGAUUAGCUCACAAAAGCAAUGUGGGCAGAAAAGAAGAUCUGUUCGCCCAAGUGGCUGCCAUGUUUGAUCCACAUCAACACUGA